GUCUUACUAAGGAGUCGAGUUCUGUUGCGUUGCAGAAGUCACUCAGUGAAGGCAGGCUUGCGCUUCCGUCCUCUUCCAAACACCCGAGCCGGUGUCAAAUUGUAGUGCAGCUGAUUGGUGUCACUUUACUCCCAAAAACGCAGCAUGGACCAGGAACGACCCUUCAAGACCAUUGAGGUCAUUGACGCCCAGACAAACCAGGCAUGCAAGAUAGCGUGCAUGUCCUGCAUUCGAGGCCACCGGACCACAUCAUGCGGCAACCACGUAUGUCGAAGGAAAGUCCUGUGGACGGUGAAGCGACCAGGACGACCUUCGAACUCGUGCAACUGCCAGUAUGGUGCCAAUGGUGGCUGCAAAUGUGUCAUUACGAGAACGACGUGCCCGCACAAGCCUAAGAAAGGCGAGAAGCGGUCCAUUGAGUGCCGCUGUGACGAGAAGGGCCGCUACUGCUGCUUGCUCCAGUCAGAAGACUGGCAUACGCUUAUGUCACGACAAAAACCCACCGUCGAGUUCUAUCCUACAAAAGAAGUGCUAGAGGCGAAGUUUGCACGACCCGCGACCGUGCCAAGACCUGUCAGCAUGACACCCAUGACGCCAGCACUGAGCAUUAACAGCCCGACGGUUUUCGGCAGUGUGCCAAGCACACCGGGUCAGGGUGGCCAAACACUUGAUUUCCAGCCUGUCACCACCCCCUUUCCAGGUUAUCAAUCGCCGCCGGCUAGCCAGCGAGUUGCACGGUUUGGCAUGAUGGGUGUUGGUGCCCCUCAAGGCAACCCUGGUCACAUCACAACGGAUGUACUGUUGUGGCAGGGCGAAGCACCGCAAGCGCCUCGGGCGCUCGUAAAUCCUUCUCCAUACUAUCCACCGAUCCAGCAAGAGCAGAGUUCGUGCUGUCUAGGACCGGUGAACUCUUCGCAGAGCACGAUUCUUGGACAUUGUCAGCACGCCAAUGAGGUGACGAUUGACACGGGACUCUUCCCACCGUCGGCCUUUCCACCCUUCGGCGUCGUUAAUAACGAGGUGGCCUUUCCUCAGGACAAAACACCGACAGAGCUGGGCUUCGACUUCGACAAGCUCACGCGCGACUACUUCAAUUACCAGUUUCCGUCCGCGAUAUGCCAGACUUGCGGACUCAACGGCUGCACGUGCAGAAUGUGCCCGCCCGUCAUGCAGUCCAACGACGGAAGUUGGGCGCAGUGCUGUGGAAGAAAGCAUGCCCGCAUAGCGGCCUACGUGCCACCAAUUGCAGAGCACGCCUACAUCGAGUCGGCUUUGCCGUUGUCAACGUACGAGCUGCAACACAGGGCCCAGACAUCCUUACCUACGACGACAGCUCAAACCUCAUCAUGUCCCGAAGCCACAAUAUUUGCAGAGACUGAUCCACCGUUUAGUGAGCCACCUCGAUACUCAGACACGCAGACUCUGGACCCUGAACUACUCGAAUCAUUGCCACCACUUUCGUUACAAAGUACGGGAAGCUUUCCAGCUCUCGGAGAAGGCACAGACAUGGAUUUGAGCGAUCUACUCAUGUCGGAGUUGGAUCGGCGUACGCGGCAACAGGAAGAAUGUUGUUGCAUUCAUGACUGAAAGACGCGAGCAAGGUGGGACAGCAAGGUGGAAAAGCAUUUUAUUGAGCGUUCAAGCAGUAUUGCAGAGUGGCAUAAGUGGGAAAAGA